CGAGGACAAUAAACCUUGGACACUGUUUAAAAGACGAUUACCUGCCAUAACAGACACCAGUGCAGUCCAGGGAAAAUCCCGUGGAGUACAGCGCGAGGGUUUCAGCGGUGCGAGCAAUUAUAGCCGCGAUCGAGAUAGAGCGAGAUUAAAAGAGCGAUAAAUGAGAGCAGCGCAUGCGAGAGAGAGAGAGAGAGAGAAGGAUAGCGCGAACAGCUGACACUAACACGUUGCUCGAGCGUAGUGGCAGCGCAAGCUCAGUUGUUGAUGAGCCGCCGAGCCGAAAGUAUAAGUAUCGCCAUCUGAUGACCAGACGGGACGUGCGUUCGUAAAACGCAUCGAAACAGAACGCUCGAAGGAAAGAGAAUCGCUCCGUGAUUCUGUUGCAUACGGCCCCGCGCGCGCGUAACUAACUGUAAAACCGACUUCGAAGGGAAGUGAGAAACGUUCGCGGUAACGGUUCGCGCUUUCGGCCGUUUCUUAACCGUACGCCAGCGUCUAGACCGCUCCGGACGGAUCGUCGUCUCGUUGAAACAGUGAUAGAGAGAAGUUGCGGGUGGACGACGACGACGACGAGAAACGGCUAUCAGGCGCGUUCUUUUACCCUGUGCAUCUCGGACAAAUAGAGAUAGCUGUGAAUUCGUAAAAGCAACGGCACAUGAGUCCCAGAUAGUACCGUCGCGUCUUACGAGAUCGUGGCAUGAGAAAAUGGAUUAUAGAAACAGGGUGUACAACGCUGCGAGGGACGGCAAACUGAAACAUCUGAAGGUGUUCUUGAAUCAGCACGAGGAGGAUGAGAUAGAAAGUUUGGUUGGCGCCAAAACCCAUGGCGCGACACCAUUAGUAAUGGCUUGCCGGAACGGGCAUUACGACGUGGCCGAGUAUCUCAUUGAAAAAUGUGGAGCGAACAUCGAGCAGUCCGGGUCAGUGGUUUUCGACGGUGACACGAUAGGAGGCGCGAGUCCCCUAUGGUGUGCAGCGGCCACUGGCCAUUAUGCUCUGGUCAAGCUGCUGGUGAAGAAAGGUGCCCAGGUGAACACGUACACGGUGACACAAUCCACACCUCUGCGGGCAGCUUGUUUCGACGGCUAUUACGACAUCGUCAAACUUCUGGUAAAUUGUGGGGCGAACAUCGAGAUCGCGAAUCAUCAUGGUCAUACGUGCUUAAUGAUCGCCUGCUACAAAGGCCACGUUAGCAUCGUCAGAUAUCUGCUGGCCCUCAAAGCAGACGUGAAUCGGAAAUCCGCGAAGGGGAACACGGCGCUUCUCGACGGUGCCGAAAGCGGCUCGCUGGAGAUCGUGAAGAUGUUGAUCAAGCAUGGAGCUAAAAUAGAUGUGGACUGCUGCGGGACUACGCCGUUCCUCAUGGCAGCUGUAACAGGACAUAAACAUAUCGUCGAAUACUUUAUCAGCAUGUCGCAUUUGGUAAGCCGGAAGGAAUGCAUCGACGCGCUGGAGCUUCUGGGUGCUACCUACAUGGACAAAAACAGGGACAUGGUAGGCGCUAAGGAACUCUGGAAACGAGCGAUGGUCGAAAGAUAUUUGCCAGGUCUUCCGCCAAUACCGAAACCGACGCCGCAACCCCCAGUUGCAGCUUACAACUUCGUGCGAGAGAUCUGCGACUCCGCCGGGCUCGAGGAGCUAACCGAUCCGGAGGAAAUGUGGAUGCAGGCGCUCGUAAUCCGUGAACGAAUAUUAGGAUCGGCUCAUCCUGACACUCAUUAUUACAUUCGCUACAGAGGAGCGGUUUACGCCGACGGCGGGCAGUUUAACCGAUGCAUUGAGCUGUGGAAUCAUGCCUUAGACGUGCAGCAAAGCACAUUGGAGCCACUGAAUCCCAUGACCCAGACUUCGCUUAGCAAUUUCACCAAUCUUUUCUAUUCUAUGUUACGCCGACAAACAAGUACGGAGCGUAAGGACCUUGGAACAGAGAUUCUCAGAGUGUUUAAAAAAGCUGUCUUGGAAUUGGAGCUAGGAAUGAAAGUGUUGAACAAAGUUUGCGAAGACAACUUACAUUUUACGAAGCUUCUCAUGAUCGCUUUAAAUCUGGCAUGUUUAUUAACACGUGACCUUGCUGACGAGGGUUCAGACGAAUAUAUCGCUGUGCACAAAGCGCUCUACGAAUUGGUUCGAGUUGUUCCUAACGUGCUGCACGUAAUUUGUAGCGGCCAAGACACGUUCAUCGGCGAGUACGUGACUCCAGAUUUUCUGUCCUCGAAUUUAGCGUCGACUCUCAUAAAAGUCGGUGCCGACGUUAACGCAAGAGACGCCGAAGGGAAUACGCCGCUGCAUUUUGUCGCACGUACGCACUUCUCGAUAUGUCGAUGGGGACGACGUCUUGUUUUCACUCUCCUCGAAGCCGGUGCUCACAUCGACUGCGUUAACAACAACGGUGAAUCGUUCGAAACGUUGAUACGCGACAAACGCUUGUACCAUUCUGUGGAGCCCGUGAAGUACAUCACGCUCGCAUGCUUGGCGGCCAGAAUAGUUAGGAAAACGUAUAAGCUAGACCAAAUUCCGAAGCAUCUCCGAUCGUUCGUUCAAAUGCAUUAAUUACGUUAAUGUACGCGAAACAGAAUGUCACGCCGUUGUUUUUAAUAUGCCGCGAAAGAAUUGAAUUUGUUUACUAAAAACGAGAAGGAGUCGGCGAUGAAGUUUUGCAUCCUUUCGAAUAGUAAACUUACGCUAGAAAUACGUUUCUGAAUGGGAAGUAUGAAGUCUGCCCCCUCCCCGAGAGACCUGACAAUUACUGUUCAUGUGAUAAUACGAUUAAAAACAGUGCACUUAAUAUAGAACGUGGUCCUAGAGUGACGUCCCCUUCGAUAUUCGGAUUUCAAUUCUUGCGAAUCGUUGAUACACAUUAGUUGCAUAAGUCGUAUUUGCGAAAACUUCUAAAGAACGUGAUAAUCUUAUAUAAAAAGAAUUUCAGAUACUUGUUACAAACGACUUUUUUAAAAGUACAGAAAUAUUAUAUAAAAUAUUCUCGUGCAUUGAUACACGGUGAUAAAACGGUGAAGUAUAUUGAAAUCUCUGGAAGCAGAAAUUCUAGGAUAUUACCUACCGGCAUCGACUGUAAUAUCUUCGAAAUAUCGAUCAAUGUGAUUUUAUUAUCGUAUACUUGGCUGACAGCCAUCUCUCUUAUACGUAAAGCACAUACGAGUAUGGCGGAAUGUAUGUAAAAUCAGAGAAAGUUGUGUAAUUGUUGAACAAAAUGAUUUUAUUUUCAUUGUUGUAUAAAAGAAAUAAAACAGGAAUAAGAUCGCAUGAUAUACGAAUUUUUGUUCGUGUAGAACGAUUUAGCGAUUCGUGUGAAAAUAAUACAUACGAUUCCUCCCGUUGAGGACUGUCAAACACGCAUUAUGAUUACCAAAUUAUUUUUUUUCUUCAGGUUGUUUAUUAUUUUGACAAAUUCAAUAGUUCUAUGUGCAUAUUAUGAUUCAGAUGUGCAGUUCAUUUGUGAACUAUUCAGUGACAUCGAUCCCUAAGUUUAAUUUUAUUCGAAAUGUGAUAAACAUAUAUAUAUAAUUAUACAGAAUUAUACAUAUACAUAAGAAUCAUGAUAAGCAAAGUGUUUAAGUAAGGUGCUUUUUUUGAAAACAGUUACACACUUGCACUUGAGAAUAAAUAGCACGAUUAUAGGGAACAUCGUAAAUGAGGGGGGACGAGUAUAGAAUUUCAUUGAUAAUGUUUUGCUCAGUUUAGUAAUUUUAUACUCCGUAAAAGUGUUGCGUCUUAUAAUCGCACUAAUGUAUACAUGUAUUUACGUAUACACUACCAUAGUUUUUCAUGAGCGCUAGAAACCCUCCACAAAAAAAGUAUCUUACGUUUAAGCCACUCAGUUUAUUAACUGUUUUGUAAUGUAAAGACUGUGAAAAUACAGGUGUGAUUAAUAAUACACUGAUACGUUUAUUUAUUUUUAUUUACUAAUACAGCGUUAUUCUAGAAAAUAGCGUUAGUUUAUUUUUAAAAAUUAAAAGAAAACUUUAUUUCUUCUAAAAACAAUUAAAAAUUUUAUUUCUUUGAGUUACAUGUAGACAUUCGGUCGUUACAUAUCAGCCAUUGUUGACAUAUUAUCGAUACAGAAUAAUUAAAAAUUAUCGUUAUAAACCUGACUAAUUAGUACCACUACUUCGCCACUAGAUGAUAAUUAUGUUCCCUUCCUACUGAUUUCAUUAAAGAACAUAAUGUACAAUUAAAAUCAGUAUGAGACGCUUCAACGAAAAAUACUACAUUGAAACAUACAUUUGAUUUGCAUUUUAUAAUUAAUGUCUACUUCUUUUAAACGAAACUUUUGAAUAACACUUCAUUGCCAUCUGACGGUAUAAUAGUGAUACUAAUAAGUUAGCAGCGCCACUAGUCUACUUAUCUACAUACACAUACAUACAUAUAUACUCGCCAUUUUAUACCGCAAAAGUAGAUAUUAAUUAGAAAUGCCGCAAUUAACAAGUGUUACCGUAAAAUAUCAGGUUAUAAAGAAUCUGCAAAUAGAGUGACAUCACCGAAACAAUAUUUCAUUUUUAUUUAUAUGUUUUAUUGUAUAUUUCAGAGUGCUUUACAGACCAUUGAACAUCAUGACAUAAGAAUAAAUUUUUAUCUUAGCGAUAGUGAUAGUUGUAUUCUGAUAUAAUGUAAUUUAUGAGAAAUGAAUCUAUAUACCGCACUUAUUGUAUUUUCUAUAUAUCUAUAUACAGAAUGUAUGUACAACAAACAUGUUUCACAAUUGCAGAAAUUGCGUGAUAAUAAAUGUUUUCAAUAUU